UGUGCUUGUCAUUCAUAAGUGUUAACUUCGAUAGGAAUAAAAUAAUUCGCUACGACAGGAUUACGGUUUCGUUAAUCGGGUUUUGGGUCAGAAUGGUUAGCAUUCGAUACAAACGCUAUCAAAAAAGAGUGUGGUUUAAAAUACAUUCCGAUAAUAGAGAUGGAAAAACAGAAAAUGGAUUCCGACAAAGGGAUGGAAGAACAGACAAUGAAUGUGUAUAUCGUUGUACAUUUAUUGUUAUAAACAAUGGAUUAAAGUUGUCAUUAAGCAUAUAAUGGCCACCAUGUCAAUGGGAAGCAAGAGAAGCGCGAAAAAGAUCAAAAGGGCUAGGACCUCAAGCUGCGGGUUUAAAGACACCAACCACUUAGCCAGUGCGUUUUCAUCCUUAAAUGAUAUGAGAAGACAAAAUGUCAUGUGUGAUGUCGUUCUGGUAGCCGGAGCAACAGAGAUUCCCUGUCAUAAAGUAGUCCUGUGUGCCUGCAGCCAGUAUUUCUACGCCAUGUUCACUGGCAAAAUGGUUGAGGCCAAAGCCAACCGCAUCGAUUUGAAAGAUAUAGACCCUUUAGCACUGGUGCUAUUGAUAGAAUUUGUAUACACAUCAGAAAUACAGGUUACUGAAGAAAAUGUGCAGACAUUGCUCCCAGCAGCCAGUAUCCUGCAGAUGUCCCAAGUUCGAGACGCAUGUUGUAAUUUUCUUCACUCACAGUUGAAUUCCUCAAACGCUCUCGGAAUCAAAGCAUUUGCGGAUAUUCAUUCCUGUUCAGAUCUCUUUUCCUACGCUAUGACAUACUGCGAAGAGCAUUUCACGGAGAUCAUCGGAUAUGAAGAGUACCUGUCAUUGCCAGUGGAAAGUGUGUGCACGCUUAUCUGUAGUGACGAACUCGUAGUCACCUCCGAAGAACAGGUGUUUGAGGCUGUAAUGUCUUGGGUGAACCAUGACCGCAGCAGCCGACAGGAAGUGAUCUCGCAACUCAUGGAAAAUGUCCGUCUUCCCCUGAUGUCCCAGGAAUAUCUCGUGCAGCACGUGGAAGAGGAGCCCCUCAUGAAGGCAAACAGUCGCUGCAAGGACUUCCUUCUUGAAGCAAUGAAGUUCCAUUUGCUGAAGGGGGAGCAGAAGGCGAUAUUCAAGACACCACGGACCAUACCAAGAACUCCUCCUAAGGUGAUUCUUGUGAUAGGAGGAGAGGAUUCGGAUGAUGAAUUCAGCAGUGUGGAGUUUUUUUAUUUCAAGGAAGAUCAUUGGCACCAGCAGCUGGCACAGGAAGAUCAUUGGCACCAGCAGCUGGCACAAAUGCCGUCAAGGAGAUGUGGAUGUGGCGUUGCUGUUGUCAACGGUAUGGUGUAUGUGGUCGGUGGAUUCGAUGAGCGCUUUGGUUCACUGGCUACAAAUGUCAUGUACAACCCCUCCGAGAACCUAUGGAAAAGCUGCGAGGCAAUGAACAAAAGGCGCGAAUUCCUGGGGGUCGCUGUGCUUAAUGACCUCGUAUAUGCUGUCGGGGGAUUUGAUCUGAUUCCCCGUUUUGGCUAUGUUUUCAACUCUGCUGAGUGUUAUGAUGUUCAGACGGGAGAGUGGUUUCAAAUUGCCAACAUGAGCACCAAGAGGCAUUAUGUGGCGAUGGGAGUACUCAACGGAUUCGUCUAUGCAGUGGGUGGGCAUGAUGGUCUUUCAGCUCUCAGCUCUGUAGAGCGCUACAACCCUGUAGAUGAUGUCUGGACCACAGUGUCUGAGAUGUCGUGCAGGCGCAGUGCCGCUGGUGUUGGAGUGAUAGACGGGGUGCUGUAUGCAGUAGGGGGUCGUGACGGACAACGGUACCUCAAAUCUAUAGAGAUGUACAAUCAUGAGACCAACACUUGGACGCCACUGGCAGACAUGCAAAUAUGUCGUGAUGGUGCAGGUGUGGUUUCACACAAUGGAUUGUUAUAUGUAGUGGGUGGCCGAGAUAGUGGGUCUGCACUCAGCUCAGUUGAAUGUUAUGACCCUAAAAAAAACAUGUGGACGUUGCUGCCUUCCAGCAUGAUGACAGCACGGGCCUAUCCUGGAGUUGUGUUGAUUGACAGACCUUCAUAUCUGAAACGACACCAUACACACUUGCAAGCUGAGAACCAAGCUCAACUGUAGAAGUGUGUCCAGACAAUCUAAGCCGCAUCAUACAAUAACGGAUCUUAUGCCUUAUUCGCCAAGAUUUUUAUGCCCCCGGAUCGAAAAAAAAAAAAUAUUGUUUUUGGCAUGCAUGUGUAUCUCAUGGAGCUGCAAAUUUUGAGUGGUGAAAGGGUCAAGGUCAUCCUUCAAGGUUAAAAGCCAAAAAAAAAUAAUCCAAAACUUUAACCUUCUUUAUAACUUUUGCAAUAUUGAACGUAGCAACUUGAUAUUUGGCAUGCAUGUGUAUCUCAUGGAGCUGCACAUUUUGAGUGGUGAAAGGUCACUCAUUAGUAAUGCUUUCUUCAAAGCUUACAUAAAUGCUAGGAUGAUGUCUUUGAGCACCAUCACCAGACCCACGUCAAGAGAUCACAGUUUGACCUUGAUAUUGACACAAUGAUUUCUUUUGAAGUUGGCGGGUUCAGAAGGCCCAUGGUCUUUGUUGACCAAAUAAAACAGGUUUCGUCUAAAAUAAGAAAUGCUUUAUACAGGGCUUCCAUACUUGCAUGGAUGAUGUUUUUGAACAUUGUCAACAUACUUACAUUACCUGCCAUCGUUUUGACCUUGACCUAAUUUUGGAAUAAAACUUAUUCCGAUGGACCAAUUUAUCAAUAAACUGACGCUUCCACUGGGGACAGGAGUGUUUAUAGAAUGCAGCAUGAUGUUUAUUUAAUUGUUUCCAAAACUGUGUAAAAAAUACACAUAAGGCAUACACAAGAUUUAUACAAUAGACUUCAGAAAAAUUCUUACUGUAAUUUUCAAUGUAAUUACAUCUUUGUUGUGUUUAUUAUAGAAGAUUGUAUUAUGUUAUAGAGUUUUUUCUUGCAAAACUGUUGUUUUUUCUUUUUUCAGUUAUUGAAGCAAAUAGCUUUUCUUGGCUUUAGAUAUUUCUUCUCGGUUAUGAUGAUGAUACUUUUAAAUUUGUAAAAGACGUGUGUAUUUUUUACCUCAAUUAGACAAAUUUUACAUCCUUGUAGGUAAAUUACGGUAAAUCUGUUAUCUUUAUUGCUUGAGAUAUUUUCAUGAUUAUGACGAUUUUCUCAUAAUUAUUAACGGUAAUAUUUUCAUAAGAAUGUUGAGUUGUUAUUUUGAUGUAGUAUUGGUGCAUUUAAAUAUGAUGCUUAUUAAAGAAUAUCAUUUCUGUAAUUUGCCUUAUUAGCUCUGCUGUUUUCGUAGAAAACCCGAGGUAUUGUCAUAGCCAGCUCGUCGUCCGCCGUGCGCGUCGUGCUAAAACCUUAUCAUUUUGUCAAGGUUUUGAACAUUGGCUCUAAAAUCAAAGUGCUUCAACCUACAACUUUGAAACUGCAUAUGUAGCUGCACCUUGAUUAGUUCUACAUGCCACACCUUUUUUUGGGUCACUAGGUCAAAGGUCAAGAUCAUUUACUCAAAACUGCACCCGCAGCCGAGCGUGGCACCCGUUAUUUGGUGCUGUUGUUAUUAUUCAUUUGAUACCUUAUCAAGCUGUUUUAAGCUGUUAUUAUGUCUAACUAUGUGCCUAAAUACUCAAUACAAAUAAGGGACUUUGCAGAAUGCUGGCGUUUGAAAACCAUUUUACGCGUUUUUUCGUUUUUGUCUGCCUUUAAUGACAAACAGCACCGUUGUGUUAUAACAACUUUGUGAACAGUGGGCUUUGGGCACAAUGAA